AUGUCAGACUCACACUCGAGGUCAUUCGGCGACAAGGACCGUUGGGCUGAACCGGCCUGGUACAACGCUCUUGACUCGCCUUACUACAAUGAUAGUCACCGAGCACUACGAGAAUAUGUGAGGUCGUAUAUCGACACCCGCGUCUUGCCAUUUGCAGACAAAUGGGGGGAGAAAGGUGAGGUCCCUCGGGAGGAGACGACCAAAUUUGCCAUGGCAGGGCUAGCAUUCCCCGAGAUCCCCAAAGAGCAUCGACCUGGCAUCCAACUCCCGGUCGGUGUUGGGAUAACGAAUGGGAUAUAUCCAUCUUAUGAUAUUGCACGGCGAAACGGCAAGGGUGCAUGUCGGCGCCACGGCCGGUCUUGCGCGCAGUUCCACAAUAGGUGCACCGCCGAUCGUCGAAUUUGGAACGGCGGAGCAGAAGGGGCGCUGGCUUCCUUGAAUCUUCACUGGAGAAUCGAGCCACUGCUAGGGGCGACCGAGAAAACCGGUAAACGAGAUUUCCGAACUUGA